GUUGGCAUUUCAGAUUGAAAUACUGACUCACUGCUGUCAAUAUGGUACGUCUGUUCACCGUGGUGGCCGUGCUGGCGGUGCUGUCCAGCGGGUUUUGUGAGAAGACCUUUUUGCAGCGAGCUGGUGUGGCCUUCAGCAACAGAGAGUACAGAUCUAUGCUCACUGUGCCUAAUGGAGAGCAGUUUGGGAGCUGGACCUGGCCAGAGAUGUGUCCAGAGAAUUUCUUUGCUGUUGGAUUCAGUGUCAGGGUGGAGUCUAACCAGUACGGUUCGGAUGACACAGCCCUGAAUGGGAUCCGCCUCAUCUGCGCCAGAGAUGAGGACCGCAGCUUUCUGUACACGGUUGAGUCCCACACUGGAUACUUCGGUGACUGGUCCCAACCUCAGUACUGCCCCAGCGGUGUGCUCACCUCUUUCCAGCUUCGUGUGGAGCCCCAUCAGGGUCUGUUUGGCGACGACACGACCGUCAACAACAUCAAAUUCCGCUGCAGCAGUAACCCGAUGCUGGAGGCACCUGGCAUGAACUGGGGAGAGUACGGCCACUGGAGCGCAGAGUGUACUGAUGGAGGAAUCUGUGGCAUCGAGAGCAAGAUGGAAGAAUACCAGUACGCCCUGGACGACUCCACUCUCAAUGAUGUGCGCUUCCAUUGCUGUGCCAAAUCUCAGCAGUGAUCAACAAAUGAGAAGCUCAAUCCAGUUUGUCUCCAACACCUUGAACUCAGAGAUUUCAAAUAAUAAAAAGCCCAUUUGAAGUGCUGCUUUCCAAUCAA